CCUGGCCCAUCCCACCAUGCUUCUUCCUCGCAAGCUUCUCCCAUGGCCGCGCCCCAGACGGUCACGAGACCAGGCUCUAACCAGCCGCCUCUUCCGCGCCUCCUACCUCUCCGACCCGGACGACGACGACCCCCCGUUCACGCGGAUCCCAAGCAACCCGCCUCGAGCUCCGGCGCCGCCGCCGCCGGCACCGAAGCCCAAAGCCCAGGUCACCAAGAUCAUCCCCGACGAGCCGGCGCGCUCCGACCUACCCUUCGACUUCCGGUACUCGUACUCGGAGACUGACCCGUCCUGGAGGCCCAUCGGGUUCCGCGAGCCCACCCGGUUCUCGCCCUUCGGCCCAGGCCGCCUUGACCGGCCCUGGGACGGCGUCGCCGCGCGCGUCGACGGGGAUGUCGGGGAUGGAGACGCGCGUGACAGUACUAGGGAGGAGGUGCUUGGCGAGGCGCUGUCGGAGGCGGAGGUGGCGGAGCUCGUCGAGAGGUACCGACACAGUGACUGCUCCAGGCAGAUCAAUUUGGGGAAAGGUGGUGUAACACAUAAUAUGCUCGAUGACAUCCACAACCACUGGAGACGUGCAGAAGCCGUUAGGAUCAAAUGUCUUGGGGUGGCAACUCUUGACAUGGACAAUAUAUGCUUCCAUCUUGAGGAUAAAACAGGUGGGAGAAUCAUAUACCGUUGCAUAAAUAUCCUUAUCCUAUAUCGUGGUCGGAACUAUGAUCCAAAACAGCGGCCUGUCAUACCAUUGAUGUUGUGGAAGCCAUUGGCUCCUAUUUAUCCUAGAGUCAUCCAAAAUGUUGCUGAAGGGUUGACUUUUGAGGAAACAAAAGAAUUGAGGAAUAGAGGAUUGAAUUCACCACCGCUUAUGAAAUUGACUAGGAAUGGUGUUUAUGUUAAUGUUGUUGAAAAAGUGAGAGAGGCCUUUAAGACUUUGGAAGUAGUGAGACUAGAUUGCUCUCACACUGGUACUAGCGAUUGCAAGAAAAUUGGUGUGAAGCUGAGGGAUUUGGUUCCAUGUGUUCCUAUACUUUUUAAAGAUGAGCAAAUUAUCCUCUGGAGAGGGAAGCUAGAUCAAGAGGACUCUGUUUCAGCUCAUUCUGUUUCUCAACCACAGUGAUGCAAGGGUCUAUAAUAUAAUCCUAUAGUCGGUGAAGCUGCUAGCUGAAGCAGGCCUGCUGCUUGGAUGACUUCUGUCUGUUCCAUGGGGUGUGACCGCUAAAGCAUACCCAGAACUGCAGCCUACGACAAAUGAUCUAAGUGCCCAUCUACGUAUCUAGCUGUUUGAAGUAACUGUCUUGGCGGUAUG